UGCUCACGUUUUAUGGUCCCAAAAAGUGGCAAAGUCUAGAAAGACGUAUUGGUUUAAGACUCUUGAGCAAGUCUGAGCUGCUCUUGAUUCAUCAGUUCUACUCUGGCAUCUCUUGGAAUGGCCACUUACUCUAUUUUCUCUACAAACCCAACUCCCAUUUUUUCUGGUUCUUCAAGCAUCCAAAUCCAAGAUCCUUUGUCGAAUAAUCAAUGGCUGGGGUGUAUUUCAUUGAAGAUGAAGCCGAUGCAUCUACGUCGCUCAAAUGGGUGUAGAUUGAGAACAAGAGCAGCUUUAAGUGAUGAUCUAAAAGCCUUUGAAGUUCCUUGUCAAUGGUACAAUCUAAUUGCAGAUCUUCCGGUGAAACCUCCUCCCACUCUGCAUCCCCAAACUUUCGAACCAGUUAAACAUGAAGAUUUGUCUCCUCUUUUUCCCAAUGAGUUGAUUAAGCAGGAGGCAAGCAAUGAGAGGUUCAUAGAUAUCCCAAAUGAAGUUCUUGAUGUUUACAGGCUUUGGCGCCCGACUCCUCUGAUUCGAGCGAAAAGAUUGGAGAAGCUUCUUAACACCCCUGCCAGAAUUUACUACAAGUAUGAAGGAACUAGCCCUGCUGGAUCGCAUAAGCCCAACACGGCAGUCCCACAAGUGUUCUACAAUGCACAGGAAGGCAUCAAGAAUGUUGUGACUGAAACUGGAGCGGGGCAGUGGGGGAGUGCUCUAGCUUUUGCCUGCAGCUUAUUUGAUAUCAGCUGCGAGGUAUGGCAAGUUCGGGCUUCUUAUGAUCAGAAACCAUAUCGUAGAUUGAUGAUGCAGACAUGGGGAGCAAAGGUUCAUCCUUCUCCAUCAAGCAUUACUGAUGCCGGACAGAAAAUUCUUCAGAUGGAUCCAUUGAGCCCUGGAAGUCUUGGAAUCGCUAUAUCAGAAGCGGUUGAAGUUGCAGGUAAAAAUGCUGAUACAAAAUACUGCCUAGGGAGUGUGCUCAAUCAUGUUUUGCUACACCAGACUGUUAUAGGCGAGGAGUGUCUUAAGCAGAUGGAGGCUAUAGGUGAAACACCUGAUGUGAUCAUAGGUUGCACCGGUGGUGGAUCAAAUUUUGCAGGGCUUACUUUUCCUUUCAUUCGGGAGAAGCUCAACGGGAAAAUCAACCCUGCCAUUAAAGCAGUUGAACCUACAGCGUGUCCUUCAUUGACAAAAGGGGUUUAUGCGUAUGACUAUGGCGAUACAGCUGGGAUGACUCCAUUGAUGAAGAUGCAUACGCUUGGACACGAUUUCAUUCCUGACCCAAUUCACGCUGGAGGAUUACGCUAUCAUGGUAUGGCCCCGUUGAUAUCACACGUCUAUGAGUUGGGUUUCAUGGAAGCAACAGCAAUUCCGCAAACUGAGUGCUUUGAAGCGGCAAUUAAAUUUGCUAGGACUGAAGGAGUAAUACCGGCACCAGAGCCUACCCAUGCAAUAGCUGCAACCAUAAGAGAAGCAAUCCAAUGUAGAGAGAGUGGAGAAGCAAAGGUUAUCCUAAUGGCAAUGUGUGGCCAUGGCCAUUUUGACCUUGCAGCUUAUGAAAAGUUCUUGCAAGGAAAUAUGGUUGACUUGUCAUUUUCAGAGGAAAAGAUACAAGCUUCAUUGGCCAAAAUUCCUAAAUUGGUGCCAUAAGGUGUCUUCUAUAUAAGUAUUGAAGGAAUUUGCAGGUACUGAAUUCAAAUGAGACACUGUUGUAACAAUUUUGGGGUACCUUUUGUUUUUUUUUUCCCCCCUUAAAGAGUUCUGUAAAACCUGAGAUGUUACUUAUCUGCAAUCUAGUAGUUUGUUAUUGAUGAAAAUUUCGAGUUUAAUCACGGAGUAAUAGCUCAGUUGGUUA